GUCCAUAUACAGUACUAUGUUAUCAGAGUACAAACUCUUAUUUUAGAUAUAAAAACAUGAAGAUCUUAUUUUGAUAUUUUUUUUAAUAUUUUACUCUUAUUUAAGAUAUUAAAAAAAAAAAGGAAUCAAGUAGGAAGGGCAAAAUAUUACAUAUAGGAGGAGGAAGAUGAAACCAGAAACGCUGACCUUGGUGCUGGUGAAUUUAGCCGGAAUAAUGGAGCGCGCCGACGAAUCAUUGCUGCCCGGAGUCUACAGGGAAGUCGGAGACGCCCUUCACGCGGGCCCUACCGGCCUCGGCUCCCUCACCCUUUUCCGAUCCAUAGUUCAGUCUCUGUGCUACCCUCUUGCUGCCUACCUCUCCCUCCGCCAUAACCGGGCCCACGUCAUUGCAUAUGGCGCUUUCCUCUGGGCCGCCGCCACCUUCCUCGUCGCCUUCUCCUCCACCUUCUCUCAGGUGGCAGUAUCUAGAGCAUUGAAUGGGAUUGGGCUUGCCAUAGUGACCCCUGCUAUUCAGUCCAUCGUAGCCGACUCAACGGACAAUGACAGCCGUGGGUUGGCAUUUGGAUGGCUGCAGUUCACCAGCAACCUCGGAUCGGUUGUUGGUGGAUCGCUUGCAUUAUUGAUGGCUCCCAUUACCUUCAUGGGGAUUCCCGGGUGGAGGCUUUCUUUUCACCUGGUAGGACUGAUCAGUGUCAUUGUAGGCAUUUCAGUUCGUCUGUUUGCCAGUGAUCCUCGCUUUCCAGAUGGCAGUUUGAAACACGCGGUUGGGAAAUCCUCUGUUUGGUCUGAAGUUGUUGACCUGGUUCAAGAAGCAAAAAUGGUUGUGAAGAUACAAUCGUUCCAGAUCAUUGUAGCUCAGGGUGUUACCGGUUCUUUUCCCUGGUCGGCUUUGUCAUUCACCCCAAUGUGGUUGGAGCUCACUGGAUUUUCCCAUCUUCAGACUGCUAUUCUCACCGGAAUGUUUGUGUUCGGUUCUUCUGUUGGAGAGAUCGUACCUGAGGAGUACCGAACGAGUAUAUAUGCUCUGGACAGAUCAUUGGAAUCCGUAUUAUCUUCUUUUGCCCCACCUGUUGUAGGAUUACUCGCUCAGCGUGUUUAUGGAUACAGACCAGUCCCACAAGACACCGAAAAUAUUGAUGCUGACAGAAACAACGCUACAUCUCUAGCUAAGGCACUGUUCAUGGCGAUAGGAACUCCAAUGAUGCUUUGUUGCUUCAUCUACUCUUUUCUCUAUUUUACCUACCCAAGAGACAGAGACCGUUCCAGGAUGAGAGCUCUGAUAAAAUCAGAAAUGCAGCUUUUAGAUAUGGACAGUUCAGCUCUGAGAGGACAAUAUUCACAAGUUCAGCAAUAUGAAACAAAAGAAUGUCACCUGGGUGUUGAAUCGAGUUGUGGAGAAUAUGGACCUGAUGCUGGUGACAGUGAUGAACUGGAAUUCAUCAAGUAGUAACACACAAUCAUAUCAGCUAAUCAAAGAUUCUAGAAGGA